AUGGACGACUUGCAGCUCAGGCCGCGGAAAAGUCGCAAGGUUGGCAAGUUCGCGCCGAGGGGCAUCUACAUCCCGUCCAUCGAUCCGAAUGUCUACUUGGACAACGACAAUAUCAAGAUCUACCUCUACCUUUCGCGAAACGCCUACCAGAAUUGGAAAGCCCAACUCCUCGGCGGCGAGCUCAAGGCGGGUUGGUGGCACAAUCCGACUGCGAACGCUCUGAUGGAGAUUGUGGAUAAAAUGAAGAAUGCCAAUCUGGCCAAUGUACCGGCCGUACCGGCUAACAUGUCGACCUACAGUGGUAACGGGGAGAUCCACGAGCCUCCGCACAAGGAAUGAGUCAAUAUGAUGGUGGCACGGCUUUGCGCACGCAAGUUGCUGGCUGACCGCUCUGUGAUGCGUCUCUCGCUUUGCUCCCCGCUAAUGGCUGGAAGACGCUCACCUCGUACGAUGCAGACGUGCAAGACUGGGAGAACUACCACCCGAACAACUACCAAAAUAUCAACUGCAAAAAUAAAAACCGACGGUGCGCAGAAGGCAGCACGGUUGUCUCGCGCGAGCUCCAAGACGGGAUGAAGGUGCACUGAUCAC